UUGAUUACUGAUACCAUGAAAAAGAUGAAAACAAGCACGGAGCCGCUGCCUUUGCCUGAGUAAAAAGACUUGUGAACGACUGUCUUGGUCAGUUUUAUCGUUCAAUUGAACGGUUGUUUCGUUCAUUUGAACGACUGGCAGCGGAGAUCUACCCAACCACGGCAUAUGCUGUUAGUUUUGCGUUCGUAAAGAAAAAUAGACCAAGACAAUAACCAAACAAAGAUCUGUUUGUAACAGAUAUUUGGACACAUGGUAGGUCUAAAAUAAUUCAAGUGGUAGUUGAUUUUUUAUUGUAAUGAUAAACCCAGAUAACAUCAUAUACUGAGCCUUUGCCUAAGUAAAAAGACUCGUGAACGACUGACUUGGUCAGUUGUUUCGUUCAUUUGAACGUCUGCCAGCGGAGUUCUACCCCGACCGCUGGCUUCCAGCUCAGUAGACUACGCUCCGUCUAACAGCUGUUAGUUUGACGUUCAUUAAGAAAAGUUGAUCUAGAAAGUCGCGUCCUGAAUACGUUUGCAACAAAUAAUUGGAUGCAUAGCCUACAGUAAAUAAUGUAGUAUUUUAUUUUUGAUAGAGAAGACACGUAAACGGCAUUAUGAUGAUGAGCAUUCUCAUCAUAAUUAUUGACUCAAAUGAACGAAAUUACUCAAAAGAAUCCAACCUUUUACUCUGAGUCAGUAGAAAUAGUCGAACUUCCCAUCACUAGCAGGCACCCAACCCACCACAAGGAGUCGCUAUAGCGUGACAUGACAGGGCAACCCUGUCCGACAUUGUUUGUACGCUGCUAUCAGGAUUGAACUGGAACACCCUGGGUCUAGAAAAUGUUUAGGCAUUUCUAAAAAUCUGGUAAGAAAUCUGUCCUCAAGCACUGCCCCAGAAGGCUUGUUUUUUAACAUAGUUUUUUUCUACUUAAUCACUGACAUCUUAGAGAAGACAGGAAGGAAUUAAUGUACAUCCAUGGAUGGUUUGCAAAACAUGGUUCUGUAGGGGAUCAGUGUGCAGUUUCAGGUGAGUAGACCGAUGUCUAAUGUUAUGUUGCUACUGAUGCCACAAUAAGUAUACUGACUCAGCAUAAAAACUACUAAGAGACAAAUUUGGGUGGAAGAAAAAGCUCUGCGUAGUGUUUCACAUCAUUUGUUAUUGACAUGCACAGGAUGAUAUCUAUGUAUCAUGCAUUUUUUGGCUGGUGGGGAAUAGGGUAGAGAGACACUUUAGGUUCAGGUUUAGGGUGUGGGUUGUGGGGGACAGGGAACCAUAGGGCACCCGGAAAGACACAAGAUUGAGGCACAGAUGAGAUGGCUGCAGAUGGGUGCAGAGUGCCUGAGUGUGCUUUCACCCUUGGUGCGGAAUAACGGAGUUACAAAGAGACCAGCAGGAGGGGCGGUGGAUGGAGAGGAGGCAUCGACUGGGGGAAGGUCAGAGAUUGGUGGUGGUGUCAGCUUGUGGGGAUUCUGGACCAGUCGGAAGCUGUUGGUGUUGGUUUUGUCUGGGGAUAUGUCAGUGACCAGAGCUUUGCAGUCCAGUUGGAACAUUCAUCCCACUACUGUUUUUCUUUGAUUUUGAGCGAGGCAGAGGGGUGACACGGAGAUCUGGUUGAAGGGAGGGCACCGCUGGGAUAUUCUGGCAGCAACAGCUAACAGCAUCAAUCAGUUGCCAUGGCAAUAGUUUAUUGUGCAGUUUCUCUCUUUCUGUUUCGCCUGCCCUCUCCCUUUCUCCAUGUCUCCCCUUUUAAUGGAGAAAGGGACCAUAGGAAAAGAGUGACACUGACAGUUUUACCAUGAGGUUAGAGCAGAGGAACAGUGCCUGCAAGGAUCUCCCUUGUUUCUGCAGCAUCAGCCGAAAACCCAGGGGGAAGCCAUUACCUUGAUUCCAGUUAGGAAAAUAUGGAGUCAUCAAGAAGAUGCAAGUGUCCAUUUGCACAAUGGUGUGGCCUCCAGCCACAAGACACCGACAAGAUGCCAGAGAGCGCAUGGAAGCUGGUCUUCUACACCAUGUCCUGGUCCUAUAGCACCUACCUGCUUUUCUUCACCAACUACAACUUUUUCCACAACCCACCCUCCGUAUUCUAUGACUGGAAGAGUGGCAUGAUGGUGCCCAUGGACAUUGCCAUUGCCUACCUGAUACAGGGCAGCUUCUACGGACACUCCAUCUAUGCCACAGUGUACAUGGACGCCUGGAGGAAGGACUCCACCGUAAUGGUGGUGCACCAUGUUAUCACCCUGGCUCUCAUUACCUUCUCCUAUGCUUUCAGGUUCCACAACAUUGGGUUGCUGGUGCUGUUCUUACAUGACAUCAAUGACGUCCAGCUGGAGUUCACCAAGCUCAAUGUUUAUUUCAAGACCCGGGGAGGGGGCUACUACCCUAUCCAUGACAUCCUGUCCAGUAUGGGCUUUGUCAGCUUCAGCAUCACUUGGUUUUGGUUUCGUCUCUACUGGUUUCCUCUGAAGGUUCUGUACGCCACCUGUGUGUCAAGCCUCCAAUCCGUCCCAAACAUUCCCUUCUACUUCUUCUUUAAUUUCCUACUGUUAAUGCUCCUCUGCAUGAAUAUCUACUGGUUUUUGUUUAUAGUGGCGUUGUUGGCUAAAGUGCUGACAGGGCAGAUGAAUGACGUGAAAGACCUGAGGGAGUAUGAGGGUGAGGAGGGAGCCCAGAGGGCCCUGCUCAAAGCCUCAGAGCAACAACAACAGAGUGAAGAGGCAGGACAUCUCAACCAUUCUGCUGAAAAUCAGCCACUUACCAACUCCACUGAACGGAGGCAAGUCCAAAAUGGGAUCAACAAGGAGAAGCAUCUAUAACGGCUCCUCUAGCCCCACCUCCUGGCACUUCACUCUGAAUGCAAGCGUGCUUGACGAGCUAGAUUGAUUCAGACUUAGGUCUAAAUGAGUUGAGGGGUCUCACAAAAAAACAAAAAAACAAACACACGACACACCAUUUAGUUAAACAAACAAUCAUAUUUCAGUUGUUAUUUUACUUAAUUGUUGUUUUGUAUUAUUUUUUUUAUCAUGUAGAUAAUGUAUCUGUUAUUUCUUAUAACCUUUGUCUUAUAUUUACAUUACAUUUUUAGCAAAAAAAAAAAAAAAAGGUGUCAAUUAUGUGAAUGUCCUCUUGUGUAGCCUAGCAGGGCAUUUAGAACUAAGCUCUAACAAACACUCACAUGGGAAUGUUGAGCUAUUGAUUUCUAGGCAUCUAGUCUCAUUACAAAAUAGCUUAUGUGCUUCCUGUUGCAGGACUGAAGCAUUCUCACAGUAACCAUGCGAACGCUCCUCUAGAAUAGAGAGCUGGCUCUAUGUUUUUGAAUAGGUUAUUUUAAUUAGAUCGUUCCAAUAAAAUUAAAAAAAGCCUAGUGGCUCUUUUCAGUUUCUAACCCUCGUUCCAGGAGUGAAGGCUAAACUAUGGGAAGUAUUGCGUCGUAAUUGCAUCGUGUCACCUACAUGGGUUUGAGAGUUUGCAUGUAAUGGGCUGGUUUUGUUUUACGUGCAUGUACUGACAUAUCACUGCACAGUGUGGUAGUAACCAUAGAGACAUUCCCCAGCCUGACCUGUGUUGUUCGACAAGCCACAUUGGUGUAGUAUUGAUGUGUGCUUUAAAUGUGAAUCACACAUACUGAUUUUUAAGGGAAACAUUUCACUCUCUCCUUAUUUAUUUUUUCUUGCUUUCAAUGACUAGGUGUUGGAUAUUUGAGUUCCUGUAUGGACAGUGUAUUGUCAGAUUUCUGGUUUUGUGACAUCUGUUGUUGCACUUAAAUGAAGGCAUUUAAGCUGAUCGCUGGUUAAUGACAGCUGAUGUAGCUGAAAUUGAUUGACUAGGUUGAGCGUCAUCCUUAUGAUUUUGUUUAAAGAUAAUCUUGAUAACCAAUAUGGCUAUUUUUAUCAGGAUGUUAGGGAAAAAAAAGAGCAAAUGGCCUGUGUAAAAGAUGAUCUCUUGAAAAACAUAUGCACAUAUGAUAUUCAGAAACACAUUACAUGGUUUUGUAAUAUGCAAUGGAGUGAUAUAAAAAAAAAAACACAAAGAAAAAAUACAAAUGAUAAUCUUUACAUUCAUCAGCGAGCAGAACACAUCUUAAAUAUGUGACGUCAUUCAAGCCGACACCCCCAAACAAACCCUGGUUCAGCCUCAUUUGGACUCGAAUGUGCUCCUGGUUGAGUGCCUUUGGGCUGCACCACUUAGGCUUUCUUUGCUGUGAUGGGGGGGGUGCUGUCCUUUACGAUCAAAUUCAAGCUCAUUUGUUAUGAAGACCAGCGUGCUUGUGCUUGAACGGGUGAACAGAUGUUGGCAGAUGUGUCUAUAAUUGUGGAUGUGUCUUCCAGUCCUCAGUAAUGGAUGCCACCAGCGCCUGAGAUUACCUUGCUUUUUUCAUUUUACAUUCAAAUAUUUUUUCUUUUCAUCAACUUUCUGAACUGCUGCUGUUUCCGAGGACACUUUGUAAUCCCACUGUGUCCCUUCUUUCAAAACGUUUUGUUUGCACAGAUGGGUGGGGUGCCCAGAUGUCUACCAUAGUACUGUCUACAAAGGAUGUGCACUCUUUCCUGAUCUGGCUGUCCUCCACCACCAAAAACCUUUUUGGAUUUGUGCGGUAAAACAGUAAAUGUAAAUGUUUAAAACACAGUGACCAACCCUACAAAAACAUGGUUAAAAGAUAUAGUGAUAGCAGUCAGUUUAAGUUCUCAGACAAAUUUGGUGAUACUGUUUCACCACCGUUGAAUAUGACAGUCCAGUGAAGGUUCAGUAUGAGUGUGGAAACUCUGUGGAAAAAUAACACUAUGCAUUUCUUUUGAUAGCUGUAUUAAUGCUUUAAGAAUGUGCCAAAAAUGUUUCUCUCUCAGAUGUUUUCUGAUGAAAGAUCUGGGUGGAGGACAGGAAGAAAGGGUUUAGUGAAUAAAGUCACAGCUUUGAGUAUUUAACUAAUUGCACUGUAACUUAUUGGUAUUUCUUUUUUUUUAAAUUGUUUAUUGGAAUGAGAACGCACCGUGAAUUUGAGGACAUUUUUCAUUUCUGGACAUAGAAUCAAAUGAUGUAUGAGGUUGUGUAACAAAUAGAUUUUAGGUAAAUGGAAUAACAUCUUGGACCACUGACAGCCUCUAAAGUGAAUUUCCCCACUUUUGAAAGUUUCAAUCUGAUGACUUGGCUAUGGUACUUUUUGUAAUAAAACACAUUUUAAUAAUUUCAUUCAA